UCCGGAAGUCAGCCUUAUACCUACAUGUUACUUCAAGAGUCCUGGGUUUAUUUUGAGUGACAUCAGGGCACACUAAAAGCAGCUCUAGUCUCCGCAUGCCUGCCAGGUGCCGCAUUUAAUAAUGUACCCCACCGUUAUAUUGAAGAAUACACUCUACAAGAAGUCUCAGCAGAAACGAAGGACCUCUCCAUGCAAUUACAAAGAGAGAUUUUUUGUUCUGAACUCUGAAGAACUGACUUAUUCUGAACCUCGAAUAGGGAAAAAGCCCAUCCUGAAAGGAUGCAUCCAGCUCUCGAGGAUCAAAUGCGUAGAAAUUGUGCGUACGAAUGCCCCCAUUCCCUGCAAGUACAAGUACCCUUUUCUGGUUGUUCACGACAGUUAUUUCCUCUAUAUAUUUGCUCCAGACAAUGAUUGUCGUCUGAGAUGGGUCCGAGCACUGAAAGAAGAGACGAAACAUAACAACCUGUCCCCGACCUACCACCCUGACCUCUGGAUGGACGGGCGAUGGAGAUGCUGUCAUGUUUCAGACAAGUGUGCUAACGGAUGUCAUCCAUGUGGCUCCGUAAAACCCCUUCCACCCACACCUGAUACACAGCGGCGCUUCUCGGACCCCCAGGAGCGGGUGGUGGUGGCCCUGAAGGACUUUGUGGCGGCGCAGGACUCGGACCUCCCCCUGCGCAAGGACGAGGAGUACAUACUGACCGACAGCUCCCAGCAGACCUGGUGGACCGUGCAGGACAGGGAGGGAAACGUUGGGUUGGUACCUUGCACAUACGUUGCAGAGAAAUCCUGUGACAACUUCUUGAGAUUUGCGUGGUACAACAAAAACAUCACCAGAGCCGCAGCAGAGGAACUGCUGCUGAAAGAGGGUAAAGAGGGGGCUUUCAUGGUGAGAGACUCCCGGCAGGCUGGCGUGUUUACGGUGUCGGUGUUUACGAAAGCCCCAGGGUCCAAUGGGGAGAAGUUCCCCCGUGUGAAGCAUUACCAGAUCAGACAGUCGGAGGAAGAGGAGGGCAAGUUCUACCUGGCGGAGAAAUACCUGUUCAACACCAUCCCCGAGCUCAUCCACUACCACCAGCACAACGCCGCAGGGUUAAUAACCAGGCUAAGGCACUGUGUGUCAUGGAAAAAACAGCCCUCUCAGGACAUCCCAGAGCCCUUCUCAGAGACGUGGGAAUUGGACCCCGAGGAGCUUGAGCUAGUGAAGGAGGUGGGCAGUGGUCAGUUUGGGCUGGUGUGGCAGGGCCAGUGGCAGGGCAGGCAGGUGGCCGUCAAGAUGGUGAAGGAGGGAGCCAUGUCCGAGGAGGAGUUCAAGGAGGAGGCGCAGGUCAUGAAGAAGGUGUCCCACCCCAAACUGGUGCAGCUGCUGGGGGUAGUGAUGCAGCGCUCCCCCAUGUACCUGGUGUUUGAGUACAUGGAGGGGGGCUGUCUGGUGGAGUACCUGCGCUCCCACAGGGGGGCGCUGUCCCAGGACAAGAUGCUCAACAUGUGCCUGGACGUCAGCGAGGCCAUGGCCUACCUGGAGAGCUCCAACUUCAUCCACCGGGACCUGGCUGCCAGAAAUUGUCUUGUGUCAAAGGAUCUCUCAGUGAAAGUGUCAGAUUUUGGAAUGACCAGAUUUGUCCUUGAUGACCAGUACACCAGUUCCCAAGGAACCAAGUUUCCCAUCAAGUGGUCAGCCCCUGAAGUAAUCAAGUUCAGUCGGUUCAGCAGCAAAUCAGAUGUCUGGUCAUUUGGUAUUCUGAUGUGGGAGGUUUACACGGAGGGCCGGCUACCUUACGAGAGCCGCACCAACCAGGAGGUCCUGGAGGACCUUAGUGCCGGCAUGAGGCUGCUGAAGCCCAGGCUGGCUCCUGAGUCUAUCUACCAACUCAUGCAGUGGUGUUGGAAAGAGAUCCCGGCAGACCGACCUUCCUUUGCCGUCCUGUUACACGAACUAGCUCAUAUGAUGGAGCUCUGACACCAUAAUCAACUGGACUAUGAAUUCAGUGCCACAGUGUACAUAUGAAAUGUAUCUAAAUGUACGUAGACAUAGCCUUUAUUAUUUAUUUCUACCGUAAACAUCUUUGCAAUGCAUGCAUCCACAUUUUGUACAGACCAAAGUGUUUUCAGCUAUUCUUUUAUCUAUGUAAUUUACUUUACAAUUAGUGUAUUACCGGCCCACUGUGUAUUGUGUUCGUUUGAAUAAAUGUGCAUUUUAUCAUGAAGAAGGAAGAGUCAUAAUGCUUCAAUGUUCAAAGUUCUGGCCUUUAGGGGGCACAAAUGUACCAGUUGUGUUUUUGACU